AUGGCAGCUCACUUCGUGGAGCUGAGCAAUGUUCCAACUCUACCCUUGAGCUCCAAAAUCAAUGCAAUCUGCAGCCAGAAUGAUCAGAAUACGAGGUACAUCGUGUUAAUCUUUAACCCAAAACUCUCCAGUGGUUCUCCGACUCCCUCAGAAUACAAUGAAAAGUCCUUACAGGCUGGGGGCAACGUCACCCUGUCUGUCCAGGGGAUCCCUCAGAAUCUCAUCUCCUACAAUUGGCUCCGAGGAGCAACUACCAAUCAGGUUACCCAGAUCCUCAAUUUUAACUUCUUCAGCCAUGGCUACACCCCAGGACCAGACCACAAUGGCAGGGAAACAGGCAGUGCUGAUGGUUCCCUGACCAUUAUUGAUGUGCGUGCAUCUGACAAUGGCAUCUACACCCUGCAUCUCAUCUCUUCUGGUGAAAACAGUUGCCAUCAUGCUAUGCUACUUGUCUCUGAGAAGCUGCACCAGCCCCCGGUGGAAGCCCAGAACUUGGCCCCUCUGGAGCACACAGACUCCUUGAAUUUGACAUGCAUUUCUCCAAACAAUGACGGGACAUUCCAGUGGUUUCUGAACCUUGAGGUGAUUCAGGAAGGGGAUGGACCAGUAAUCUCCAGAGAUGGCAGGGUCCUCACCAUCCCCACAGUCACAUGCAAUGACUCCAGCACCUACCACUGUGAGGCCAGGAACCACCUGGGAUCCAGGCUCAGUGAAGCCCUCGUGGUUGGCGUGGCUUAUGGCCCGGAUACCCCCAUCGUGACCGCACUGGACCCAGAUUUUGUGAUUGGUUCCAACCUCACUCUGGUCUGCUUAGCCUACUCCCACCCCCUUGCCCAGUACACAUGGAGCUUCAGUGGGGUCACCACAUGGGAGGGCCAGACCCUCUUCCUGCCCAGUCUCUCCAGGGCACACUCAGGGGUCUACACCUGCAAGGCCUCCAACUCCCUUUCCGGCUUGCACAGCAGUAUGGACACCAUCAUCACUGUCUCAGAGACACUUCCUCAGCCCAAUGUCACAGCCAGUAACUUAGCCCCAGUGGAGCAUGUGGAUUCCAUCAGUCUGCAUUGCCUUCCUCCAAGGAGCACUGUGGCCAUCUGCUGGUAUGUCAAUGGCCAGAAGCUCUUCAUUGGUGGCCACAGGGAGCUGUCCCUGGACUGCAGAACACUGACUCUGCGGAACAUCACCAGGAAUGACACGGGGGUCUACCAGUGUGAGAGCUGGAACUCAGCCACCAGCAGCAUCAGCAACCAUCUCAUCAAAGUUACAUAUGGCCCAGACCCUCCUGUGGUCAACCCUCCAGACCCAGAGGUCACAGCUGGGGCAGCCCUCACCCUGUCCUGCUUUGCUGACUCAAACCCCCCUGCCCAGUACCACUGGGAGAUGGACAGAAGGCCAGGCCCUGCCACCCAGCACCUGGUCAUUUCUGAGGUCACUCUGGACCAGUAGGGCAGGUACACCUGUGAGGCCUCCAACAGCGUCACUCACCUCUGCAGCUCAGUCAACGGGAAGUCAUCCGGAUCUCAGAGGUUCCUGGGGAUGAACUGCAGCCGGCCUUACUCAGGACCACUAUUCCUGCUGGAGGCAUCGCAGGGAUUGCCUCGAGUGUCCUGAUCAGCGUGGUGCUCACAGGGACUGCUGGCUACUGUGUUGGGGUCAUAAGGUCCCAGCCCAGGAAUCCUGUGGAGUUCAGCUCAGCAAGAGGCAUGGAGAUGUCAACUGCAUUGUGACCAGUCUUCAACACCCUGACCAGAGAUGUCAACUCCUCCCAAGGCCAAAAAGAGACACUGAGCCAGCUAUUUUAACAGAUUUGAGGUGACCUUCAUUGAAAGGUAGAAGUUUGUAAUCACUCCCCAAUCUCUUUCCUUUUUUGAAACAAAAAUGCUUUAGACGGGAUUGCAUGAUGAUCAGGACUUACCUUGUAGCUUCACAGACAACCUCCACACGUUUACUCCACCAGUUAAGAAGUGUUGGCUGUGCGCGGUGGCUCACGCCUGUAAUCCCAGCACUUUGGGAGGCUGAGGCGGGCAGAUCACCUGAGGUUGGGAGUUUGAGACCAGCCUGAUCAACAUGGAGAAAUCCCGUCUCUACUAAAAAUACAAAAUUAGCUGGGUGUGGUGGCGCAUGCCUGUAAUCCCAGCUACUCA